AUGGCAAAGGCUAACAAGGUCAAACUGGAUGAGGACUUCACUUGCUCAAACGACGAUGAUAGAGAUCAACAAUUCUGGGAGUUACUGAAAUCCCGUAUAAUGAUGAAACGGAUCCUCAUUAUAUUUUACAGUUGGUUUGCCAUAGGAAUGGGUUUUUACGGCCUCAGCAUGAAUGUCACCAACCUCUCUGGCAACGUCUACCUCAACUUCUUCCUGUUUGUCCUGGUUGAGACCUUCGCUUAUGUCAUCUGCCUGGUGCUGGUGGAGCGCACCGGGCGCAAGAGGAUGCUGUGUGCUUCUAUGCUGAUGGCCGGAGCAACAUCUAACGCGUGGAUCAUCAACAGUCUGGCGUGUCUAGGCAACACAUGUGUGUCAGUUGGUUUUGCCUCAGUGUACGUCUUCACGGCAGAGCUGCUGCCAACUACAUCACGAAACUUUGGAAUGGCCUUGAGUUCCGUGUUCUGUAGAGUUGGAAGUUUAUCAUCACCGUACAUAAACGACCUGACUAUGCACAUCAGUAGCCGAUACAGUCAGAUACUGCCCAUGUUGGUGUUUGGGUUAGUGACGGCGCUGUCAGGACUUCUGACUCUUCUUCUCCCAGAAACGAAAAAUGCAACACUUCCGGAGACAAUCAAGGAAGCAGAAAAACUCGGAACACCAUAUAGCUGCAAGAUGCAAAGAAACAUUAUCCAUACCAACAGAUGUGCCUAUGAUGGAGCAGCACGUGGACAAGACACGAUUCUCCUGGACAGCAAAGACUGCAAAUCUCCCGAUGUAUGAAGGAACUGGAUCCGAGAAG